AUGGUGAUGGAGGUGUUCCAUCAUAGCCACACAACAUGGUGCAUACCACCUUUGCUUGAGACAUUUGUUUUCCUCGAGAGUGAAGCACUCCAUGUGAUCCUAAACAUUGAUCUAGGGGGAGUGGACCUGAUAGUAGUUGUUUUGCAGCUGGAUUCGUCAAGAGUUGCGGAUAGAGAUGAUCUUGCUACUGGGGAAGAAACAGUUGGAGUGGACCUUCAGGAAUAG